AUGUUUUCCACCCUGGCGAACAAUGUAACCAAGAAUAACAUGGAGCCUGAUUACACUCUCGUCCUUCAGCGUGGCCACGGAUUCGCGACUGUGGGUACGAGCAUUGAAGAAUCUGUCUACCGUGCCGUAUACACAGCCUGGAAUGCCGAGACGCAGGCUUCGGCCUUGGAGAUCCAGAAUGCGUAUGGAGCGAGCGCAGAGACAUUAAAGUACUUGACACCGAGAGAAGCGGCGGAUUGUGUUCCGAUGAAUCAAGGGAGUUAUACAAAAGCUUGGCCACUGUGGCAGGCGCAGGUGGAGGCGGAUCCGUUGUAUAAAAAUGAUCUUAUAUAG